AUGCGCACAGCAACUCGAUUACUACUUUUUCUCGCGCUCGCCAAGACGAUAGCGGCCUAUUCAAAGUAUGCGGAGCCUAUCGAAGUUGCACAGCCGAAUGCAAACGGCGUCUACGAAUUCCACCUGAUGGUGGAGAAGAAGCUGACGAUGAGCUACGGCGAGCCCCCAUUCGGGCAUCGGACUCUUGUGGAUUAUGAUGUCGAUCAGCAAACGUGGUACGCCCGCGACCCGGACCAGCUGGUGGCUUGCGAUAAGCGGGACAAGAUGGAUUUGACGAAUAAUAAAACGGAUGCCUUUAUCGAAGACAUCCUUACCCUCGAUGGUCUUCAUUUCCGCGUCAUUUCUAUCAACGGAAAGAGCCCUGGCCCGCUUCUCGUCGUCCCCUUCGGCGCUGAGGUGCUCGUCAAGGUCAGCAACAUGCUGAUGCUCGACUCCUUUUCGAUCCAUUUCCACGGUAUCGACAAGCAGGGCCUCUGGUACGAGGACGGUGUCUCCUUCGUCCAGCAAUGCCCUAUCGCCACGAUGACAAACUAUCAAUACCGUUUCUUCGCCGACCGUGCCGGGACCCACUGGUACCACGGACAUUUGCAGUCGGAUCGCGGUGAUGGACUUGCCGGCGGCUUCGUCGUCCGGGAGCUCGAUACGACGGUGCCAACGAUGGAUGGCGGAAGAGUGCAGCCGUCGCGGGAAUACUUCACUUUGCUCCAGGACUGGUCGAAUGAUGAUGCUGGCGAUACCUGGUUGGCGUUGAAGGAAAAGACGAUGAAAUGGAUGUACGGCAUGGAUCAGAUGGAAAAGUGCUGGGAGCCGACGAGGGUCCAUGAUGGAGGAAACGUUGGUGGAGCCAUCCCCUUCUCCGCAAUCCUCUUCAACGACAAGGGGUGGCACGAUCAGACCGAUAUCCGGACCCGGCCCGAUAAGCUUCCGCUUGAGACCUACAGAAUCAAGCAGGGUGAGUCAAUUCUGAUGCGUAUCGUCAACGGUGGUCUUGCUCAGGAGCUGAUGAUCAGCAUCGAGGGUCACAACCUAACGAUCGUCGCAGCUGAUGGAAAUGAAGUGAUCCCGAUGACUGUAAAUAACCUGAUCAUCUUCCCCGGCGAGCGCUACGACAUCCUCAUCAAGGGCCACGAUAAGCCGGAAAAGAAGAACUUCUACGUGAUUGCGGAGACUGUACAGUACUACUUCUUCGACUGGUCCCACGUCGAGACGACUUACGGCAUUGCGAAUCUGGAAUACGAAGAUGUGGAGGACAAUGGCGAGCCGAAUUUGCCUCGUCUCGGCCACCCGACCUGCUCGCAGGGCCAGCCCUGCACCUGCAUCGCCGUCGACACGCUCGAGUCGCCCUUCGAGCUCCAGGACCCGGAAAUUCUCGCGGAAAAGAAGUUCGAUCAGGGAUAUGAGGAACACUUCAUCAACAUGCACUACGACAGCCACGUCAACGGCUACAAGUUCGAGUUCUCGCGCGGUAUGCCCUACUACUACGGCGACACUUUCAUGGACACGGUCGCCAAGGACUGCUCAAAGAUCGAUUGCCCGCGAAACCACUCGAAAUACGAUGAGAAUUGCCGAUGUUUCUAUCAUCUGAAGCACAAGCUGGACAAUAUUGUUCAGCUAACCAUCUACAACAUGGGACUUGGAGGCGGUCACGGCUCCGGCUACGCCCACCCGCUGCACAUCCAUUCCACGCAUACGUAUCUAGUCAAGAUGGGCUGGCCCUCCUACAACGGCACGGGAAUGAUCAGCGAUAUGAAUCAGGACCUGCCGUGUCCUAGUGCUGACGCAAUCUGCGAUGAUCUCCGGUGGACCGAUCAAGCCCAAUGGGGUGGCGCGCUAAAGGGAAUGAGAAAAAGACCCUCGUUGCGUGAUACAAUUCUGAUCCCAGUUGGAGGCUACGCGACGAUACGUUUCCGCGCCUCAAACCCGGGCUGGUGGGUGGCCCACUGCCAUUUGGAGCUGCACAUGAUGGGAGGGGCGGCGUACGCGUUCAAGAUUGGAGAAGACCACGAAAUCCCAGCCCCGCCAGCCGAUUUCCCGCAUGAUUGCGGCAAUUUCGAGAGGAAAUCUCUCCCCGACGACGCCAAGCAGCGCAUGGACAAGCGCAUGGACGAGGAGAAGCACAAGAAGCGACGCGGACAAUCGACAACGCAACGACCGCGCCGCGCCAUCACCGCCACCCCACCACGACACCUGGAG